AUGUCAUUUGAGUAUGAAGAACUCUAUAAUUUUGAUGAAAAUUUUGUUAAUAAUGAUGAAAAUUAUGACGAAAAUGAUAUUGGUGAUGAAAAUGAUACUUAUAUUAAAGAUAAUAAUCGUGCUGAUAAAGAGAAUAGUAUAGCUGGAACUUUGCCUAUUAUAUCUUACUUCUCUUCUCGUGAAGUUGCGUUAACAUAA